AGUAAGUCACAGAACAAAGUUGCAUUAAUCAAACGCAUCUCUGGGUAGAGAGUACAGCCUGGUAGAGAUGGGCAUAUCCGGAGUGCUGGUUGCUGCGCUCAUCUCUUUUCUGACUGUGCAGUUUGUAACGCUCCUUUGGAAGCACCGGCCUCUGCCACCUGGGCCUCUUCCACUUCCCAUCAUUGGAAGCCUGUGGAGGGUUGGCUGGAAGAUUCGUCAAGAUACACUGAUGAAGCUUGCAAGCAGUUAUGGAAAUGUUUUCACGUUGUGGAUAGGGCAUACACCAGUGGUUGUAUUGGCUGGGUUUGAAGCCGUGUAUGAUGGGCUAACUGGCAACCCUGACGCAUUGUCUGGAAAACCAAUGUUCCCUUCUAUAAAAGUUCUGGGAAAAGAAAAGGGUAUCCUGUUUUCCAAUUGCAAAACCUGGAAGGAGCAGAGACAUUUUGGACAAGCUGCCCUGAAGAAGUUGGGGCAAAUGCAGAAAGGUCUUGUGCAACAGAUAGAAAAGGAGGCCUGUCAACUUGUGGAGAUCUUUGCACAGGAAAAGGGACAGCCACUAGAUCCAUCAUUGCCCAUCAUGCUUUCAGUCUCCAGAGUGAUUUCUUCUAUUGCCUUUGGACAUCCUGUUCCCACUGAUGAUAAAGCCUUAAGGGAGCUGACUGAACACUUCAGUACUGUUACAAAAUUUAGGGGCAGUGUUGGAGAGAUGAUAUAUAAUGUCUUCCCAUCACUUAUGCAAUAUCUCCCUGGGUCUCACAAGAAGGUUCUAUCCUCCUGUGAAUUCAUACGUUCCUUUAUCAAGAAGGAGAUAGAAAACCGUAAGAAGGAUGGGGCAACCCAUGAGCCACAGGACUACCUUGGCUUCUAUUUGGCCCAGAUGGACAAAGAGAAAAUCGACUCCACAACGACAUUUGAGGAAGAAAACCUUGUUCAAGUAAUCUUUGACCUCUUUGUUGCCGGCACAGACACUUUAACUGCCACCCUAUCCUGGGCUCUGCAUUUUAUGGUGGCUCAUCCUGAUAUUCAAGAGAAAGUCAAGAAGGAGCUGGGAAGUGCUCUCAGUUCCUCCAAAUCAAUCUGCUACGAGGACAGAAAAAAGUUGCCCUAUACACGUGCCGUGAUUAACGAGAUCCAGCGCUUCAGCAACAUCAUACUAUUUGGGGGCCCCAGAGUGUGUGUAGAUGCAUUGAUCGUGCUUGGCCGCUUCAUUGAAAAGAAUUUCUUCAGUCAUCCAUUGUCAUCCCACCUGAAAAUAGAGAAUACUCUGGUGAUCCCAGAUCUGUGCUCUGUUAAUCUUGAUCCCAAGCAUUGGGAGACCCCUCACCAGUUCAACCCUAACCACUUCCUGGAUAAGGAUGGAAAAUUUAUGGUAACCGUGCAUGCUUGGGGGAAUUCUUAGCACGGAUGGAGCUCUUUAUUUUUUUUACCUGCCUCAUGAGAGCAUUUACCUUCCGGCUGCCAGAGGGAGUGAAAGAAGCUAAUACAAGUCCUG